CCUCCGCCGCAUGGCCCUCAGCCACACCCGCCUCACAGCCCGCACCACAGGCGUAGGCGCACGCUUCUACGCAAGCAAAACAACCGCCUCACCAGGCCAAUCCUCCAACGUGGCCAACCCGCAAUCCAGCAGCCCAGAGUCGCAAGCCAUCAACGUGUCGCGCGGCAAGGAGGCGCGCCACGACGACACGCCCGACACGCGAUCGGUGCAGUCGCCCAUCUCGUCGCAGUACGGGCGCACGAGCGAGGCGCACGAGGGCGAGGAGCGGACGUCCGCGGAUGCGCAGAUCAAGAACGACCCGGCCGAGUCAACGGAGACGAAGCGAAGGAAUGUAGAGAAGGCGGGGGAGAGGCCUCUUGGGCCGGAGGAUCAUCAAUAGAUUUGAUCCUUUUUUUUGUUGGCUUUAGGUGGAUGUAUUGAUUGUGUAUAGUAUUUGUUUUCUAAUAUCAUUGUUUCUACUGAUUUGGGAUGGGUUUACUGUAUUGCUCAGUGGGAUGUUUUACAUUCUGUGUAAAUGUAUGUGCUACUGUUUUGUUAAUCCAGAGAGGGUCAUUGACCGGU